AAAGCUUCUUGACGAUUGCUUAAACCACACGCUCGGUAGUAGUCAUUUAUUGCCGGUAGGUAACGAUGGCAACCGUACAACGGGUCCUCGCUUUGGCGCUUGUCAGUGCGCUGACGUUGAUUGCUUGCGCUCAGGGCAAGCUGAGUUACGAAAACUAUGCAGUGUACAAGAUCGAUAUCGGGUCGAUCGAUCAGCUGGAGGUGCUUCAACACCUGGAAUCGCUUCCAAAUGGGUACACCUUCCUAGACUACCCGGCAAGAGUGAACAUGAGCGUAGAAGUUGUGGUGCCACCAGGACAGCUGACCAACAUGGAGCGUCUCUUCCGCAAGCAUGAGAUCCAGAGCACCCUCCUUACAAGCAAUCUUCAACAAAUUCUCAACAAAGAGCGCCCCACACGCAAAAUGGCGGAAGGUUUCGGUUGGGACGAUUACCAUACGCUGGAAGAAAUCUAUGCCUGGAUCGAUGAAAUGGUCGCUCAGUACGGUUCCGUACUCUCCGUACAAACGAUUGGGCAAACGUACGAAAAGCGUGACAUGAAGGUCGUGAAACUAUCCUACAAGGAAGGCAACAAAGGUAUCUUCAUCGAUGCCAACAUUCAUGCCCGUGAAUGGAUCACCUCCGCAACCGUGACUUGGAUUCUGAACGAACUGCUCACGUCGGAAGAUGCUCGUGUGCGGUAUAUCGCUGAGAACUACGACUGGUACAUUGUGCCUGUGGCCAAUCCGGAUGGGUUUGCGUACACGCACACCACGGAACGCUUGUGGCGCAAAACGAGAAGCCAGCACAAUCUGCUGUGUUACGGAACUGAUCCUAACCGGAACUUUAACCACCAAUGGAACAACGGUGGCACAUCAGUGACGCCCUGUUCGGACACUUACGCUGGGCCGGAACCAGAGUCGGAGAUUGAAAUCGUCAAUCUCACUACCUUCGUCCGUUCGAUUGCGCCUACCGUCAAACUAGCUCUGUCGAUUCACUCCCGCGGUCAGUACAUCCUGUUCCCGUUCGGCUACAACAAUGCGCCUCACACUUACAACCAUCAAGAUCUGCUGCAGGUCGGACAGCGUGCCUCGGUCGAUAUGUACAAGCUGUACAACAAGCCGUACCGCGUCGGAACUACUGCUGAAGUGCUUUAUGUUGCAUCGGGUAUUUCGGUCGAUUGGGCCCAUGCCGUGGCCGGUAUCCCGCUGAGCUACACGUACGAGUUGCGGGAUCAGGGAGAGUUUGGGUUCAUCCUGCCCGCCGAUCAAAUUGUGCCGAACGCCGAGGAGCUGCUGGAAGGAUUUAUCGCCAUGAUCGAUGAGGCUCAGAUUCUAAACUACAUGUGAAUGCGUCUACCGCACCGUAAACAAUAAUAAAUGAAAACUCUACAAUAGUA